CGGGCCAGGAUCCGUCUGGCGGGCUCAGCCGCGGCCUAGGUCCUGCUCCCAGGAUGGGAGGACCACUGCCUGGCACAAGAGAGAAGACCUAACGGGGAAGCCCCACGCACCAGCAAGGCUCUUGCGCACCAGAGCCGGCCAGAGGAGAGCCGGAGGAGCUGGAUUUCUAAGCCACAUCAUGCAGCUGUUCUUGGCCGGGUCCCGGUAACAGUGCCACAGAGCCAGGGGUCCGAGCAGCAGGGGAAACGGCAGGGGAAGGAACCAGGACAGACGCCCGAGAAAGUGUGGGAGACAGACAGAGAUGACCUCUUCCGAGCCACCCCCAAGGGCUUCUCUAGGGAGCGAGGGGGAUAAUGGCGGGGAAGCCUUUGAUUUUGAAGACAGUGAGGAAGAAGACACCACCAGGCUCGUGGUGAGCAAUGCCAGGACGGAGCUGGGCACCAAGGGGGCACUGCAGGACCCUCCCCCGAGGCGAAGGUCCAGCAUCAGCGAUGACCUGGAGCCCCUGGGGGCCUGGGAGGCGGAAGAGGCGCUCCUCGAGGAUCGGGUCCCCUUGACGUCCUCCGACUCUGGUGCCCAUCUUGAUUGCCGUGACCCGCAGGGACAGCCCGAGUUGGAGGGCGCUGUGAGCAAUGGAGGCUUCUCUCAGACCGGGACACGAAUCUACAGCUGGAAGAGAAACUCAACUCAAGGUGACCAAUUUACUUUCCCCUCUGCAGAGGACGAAGUGAUUUACGAUGACGUGCCCUGCGAGAAAGCCGACGCGCAGCAGUGUGAUUCGCAGAGGAGCUUAAUUUAUGAAGACGUCCAGCACGCAAAUGCCCUGCAGGAUCCGGAAGACGUAGGCUGGAGCUCCAGCGAGUUCGAGAGCUACAGCGAGGACUCGGCCGACGAGAGCAAGGCAGAUGCAGUCCACGCCAAGCCCAAAGUGUCCUUCCAGCCAAAGAUGACACAGUUGAUGAAAGCGGCAAAGAGUGGCACCAAGGAUGGUCUGGAAAAGACAAAGAUUGCUGUUAUGCGAACUUUCCUGCAUAAGAAAGAUAUCCCAGCUGCGGAUGGAGAGCCAGGCAGAAGGAUUUUGGGGACGCGUUCUCUCUCCUGGACCGGGGAGGUCUCCAAGGUCCAUAGCUUGUCCACAGAGAAAGGUGAUUCUGAAGAAGACGACAUGGGGUUCCUGGAGGUACCGGUUUCGGAUGCAAAACAUCAGCUACCAGAAUUAGGGCCAAUGCCUGAAGGGUUAAAUCCCCAGCAGGUCAUACGCCGUCACAUUCUGGGCUCCAUCGUGCAGAGCGAGAGAAGCUACGUGGACUCCCUGAGGCGCAUUUUACAGGAUUACAGGAACCCCUUGACGGAGAUGGAGCCCAAAGUUCUCAGCGCCAGGAAAUGCCAGAUGGUUUUUUUUCGGGUCAAAGAGAUCCUGCAGUGCCACUCCAUGUUCCAGAUUGCCUUGUCUUCACGCGUGGUUGACUGGGACUCCAUGGAGAAGAUCGGGGACCUCUUCGUGGCAUCGUUCUCCAAGUCCAUGGUGUUGGAUGUGUACAGCGAGUACGUCAACAACUUCACAAGUGCCAUGUCCUUAAUCAAGAAGGCGUGCCUGACCAAGCCGGCUUUCUUAGAGUUCCUCAAGAAGAAGCAGAUGGCCAGCCUGGACCGCGUGACCCUCUACGGCUUGAUGGUGAAGCCCAUCCAGAGGUUCCCCCAGUUUAUUCUUCUGCUCCAGGACAUGCUGAAGAACACACCGAAAGGUCACCCCGACAGGCUGUCGCUCCAGCUCGCCCUGACCGAACUGGAGACCUUGGCCGAGAAACUCAACGAGCAGAAGAGGUGGGCUGACCAGGUGGCCGAGAUCCAGCAGCUGACCAGGAGCGUCAGCGACCGCAGCAGUCUCCAUAAGCUGUUAAGUUCAGGCCAACGCCAGCUGCUGUUUUGUGAGACCCUGACGGAGACCGUUUAUGGGGACCGGGGUCAACUCAUCAAAUCCAAGGAGCGCAGGGUGUUCCUCCUGAACGACACGUUGGUGUGCGCCAACAUCAAUUUCAAGGGGCAGCUAGAGAUCAGCAGCCUGGUCCCUCUGGGGCCCAAGUAUAUCAUCAAAUGGAACGCGGCCCUCCCACAGGUGCAGGUGCUGGAAGUCGGGCAGGAGAGCGGCUCUCGGGACAAGGACGGCACGGCCAUCCCGAGCGUCGGAUCCAGGAAACACGCGCCGCCCGGCCAGUCUUCCCACAAUAAAGUAUAUUUGGGACCUCCUCGCCUGUUUCAGGAGCUCCAGGAUCUACAGAAAGAUUUGGCUGUGGUGCAGCAGAUAACUCUUUUAAUCAGCACUCUCCAUGGCACGUACCAGAACCUGAAUAUGGCGGUAGCUCAGGACUGGUGCUUAGCUCUGCAGAGGCUGAUGCGGGUGAAGGAAGAGGAAAUACAUUCUGCAAACAAGUGCCGUCUCCGUCUCUUACUUCCUGGGAAGCCAGACAAGGCCGGGCGCCCCGUCAGCGUCAUGGUGGUCUUCAUCACGCCCAACCCGCUCAGCAAAAUUUCCUGGGUGAAUCAUUUGCACUUGGCCAAGAUUGCCCUCUGGGAAGAAAAUCAGCCGGGCUGGAUCUGCCCUGAAGAAGAUAAAAAGAGCAAAGCUGCUUUCUGGUGCCCCAUUUUGGUGUGCCACCUCCCCGCCUUCUCCUCCAGGGCACUCGACUGGCAGCUGGGUGCGGCUGUGCACAGCCCAGUCCAGUCUUCCUUGCUGGGGUUUUCCGCCAUCAGCACUUCUCUGCCACAAGGCUACCUCUGGGUCGGAGGCGGCCAGGAGGGGGCCGGGGGCCAAGUGGAGAUAUUUUCCUUGAACCGGUCAGUGCCUCGCACAGUCAGGUCCUUCCCGGUGGCCUCCCGGGUCCUCUGCCUGGAAUACAUCCCAGAAAGGGGCAAAGAAGAGCAAGGGGAGGAUUCUCAAACGGCUGCUGACCAGCCUUUUCCAGCCCAGCCUGUCCUUUGCCUCGGGCUGCAAGAUGGCAGCAUCCUGGUGUACAGCAGUCUGGACACAGGGGCGCAGUGCCUGUUAACGACCCGGGCCCCCGGGCCCCACCCCGUCCUCUGCCUGAAGCACAACGCCAAUUACCUCUUUGCGGGCCUGCAGAAUGGAACGGUAGCGGCAUACGCCAGGACCAGUGGGGGUCUGUGGGACGCCGAAGCCGAGCCCACGUGCCUGGCGGUUGGGCUGGCACCAGUGCGGACGCUGCUGACUUUGGAUGACGCCAUGUGGGCCAGCUGUGGCAAUCAGGUCACCGUCUUCGAUGCCGUCAGCCUGAAGGCUCAGAAAAUAUUCGAGGCCCGCCCGGAGGAGGACAGCAGCGUGACCCACAUGAUCAAGGCCGGCAGUGGCGUUUGGAUGGCCUUUUCCUUGGGGUCUUCCAUACGGCUUUUCCACACCGAGACGCUGGAACUCCUGCAGGACAUCAACGUUGCCACCCGAACCACGGCUGUCCUGCCAGGGCAGAAGAAUGUCCGGGUCACCAGCCUUCUCAUCUGCCAGGGCCUUCUCUGGGUUGGUACCGACCAAGGAAUUUUGGUCCUGUUGCCCGUGCCCAGGCUAGAGGGGAUCCCCAAAAUCACGGGGAAGGGGAUGGUGUCGCUCAAUGGCCACUGCGGCCCUGUGGAGUUCUUGGCGGUGGCUUUCAGCACGCUGGCGCCUGAGAUCUUGAAGAGCGACAAGGAGGACGACGCAGCGGAGGAGCCUCCGUUGGCUGGAGACGAGCACCCCAACACGGGGGGCCGCCCCUCCGAAACGGCCACUCCAGACAGUUCCUCCACAAGGGAAAUCAGGAAAAAGGGGAUCUUUCUACAGUACCGCCUCCGAUCCACAGCUCACCUCCCCGGGCAAUUACUGUCCACGAGGGACACGCCUUCGCCGGCCGGCGGGAGUUCUCUGGAGCACACGGAAGAGGACGGCUCCAUCUACGAAAUGGCGGACGACCCGGACAUCUGGGUGCGCAGCCGGCCCUGCACGAAGGACUCCCACCGUAAGGAGAUCUCUUCCUUGGCCGUGAUUUCCGGAGGGAGAGGGUACCGCAACUUCCGCGCCAACGGCCGGUCUCCCUCGAGCAGCGAAACCGACAGUAUGUUGCUCCUGUGGCAGAUCCCCUUGAUUUUAUAGCGCGGGCAUUUUCUGCUCGGUCCUGUCGCCCCACGAGGCCCCAGUCCUGAGCAGCUGUUGCGUUGCCCGGUGGAGGUAUGUGGGGCUCCCCAGGGACGUGCUGGUUUUGCUUCCCUUUCUGGGGAACGGACCUGCCUGGCCUGUCAAGUUUUUAUCCGUCUCCUAGGCUUCGAAUCCCCUCUCCGCCCAGCUGUGUUUGCAACCUCUUUUUAAGACUCCUUUUCAUGCGUUCGGAUCUUUGGUCUUUCCAUGAGAAACGAGCUCGCACUUUCCCUGUUUUUUCCCCUGAACUUGUUUCAGGUUUUAUAGGAAUCGGCACCCUCCCUGCAGGUUUUGGAGAGGCCCAGUUGAUUUUUCCCCCUGGAUGUGUUUUCUUUCCAGAAAGAGGCAUAAGGGUCUUGUGUACCCAUGUGUGAAUAUCAUAGACACACACACACACACACUUAAUAUAAAAGUGUUGUAUAUUAUUAAAUUGUAUAAAUAAAAUCUGUAUAUAUUGGGCUCAGAAAUAAAGGUGGUAGAAAGCU